UUUGUCCUCUCAGUCAGUUGACAGCUGGAAGGCGGUGGAGCUUCGCGAUACAGCAAACUUUCGAUUUUUUGUGUUUUGCUUUGACGUUUUACGCGCCAACUGCUGGAACGUCCUGUUCGUGAUUGCGCGCGGUGGGCAUUCCCCUCUUCACUUAUUCGUCUCUCUUUUUUUUUUUCCAUUCGAACAGCAUCGUUCUUCAUAAAGCACCUAUGACAGUACGUAAGUGGAAGUAAGUGAAGAACUGUCGCCGGUUCCUGAUACAAGGGUGAAAAGAUCACAAACCAUCUCAGAGGACAACAACCUUUUGGAAGAAAAGAAUAUUGCAUUUUUAAUGCGUGUGCUUAAAAUAAUCUUUAAGAUAACUUCGUUUGUACAUCCUCUAGAGUAUAAAAAUGACUUUUUAACUCAUCUAUACAAGACAAAUAGCAGCAUUUGUCUGAUUUAAGGGAAACAACGGUGUAAUAUUUCAACAAUGCCAACUUGGCUUGAUACAGAAACUUGGUUUGGUGGACUUCUAACCAGGCAGAAGAAACAUGGCUCUCUAUCCCUAAGCGAUCAUCAGUUGUGCCUUUAUUUCUUCAUGACACGUGGAUGGAUUUAGACAUUGUUCCGCUGCAGUCGCCAUCCAUUUCCUACUUAUAUCAGUGACAUUCUAGGUCUCGGAGAAUGAUAUGUCCAAGAAAGAAGAGGCCCAUCAAAGAUGAGGAUUUCUCUGCCAUCGUGGUGCCCUCCAUGAAGGGUCAUGGUUACUUGGAUUACACAGUUGAAAGUCAUCCCUAUAGAGCCAUGCAGAUCAUGGAUGAGCUUCGUCAUCAUGAGUUGCUCUGUGAUCUGGUUCUACAUGUAACUUACAAAGACAAGAUAGUGGAUUUUAAGGUGCAUAAACUGGUGCUGGCUGCCUGCAGUCCUUACUUCAAAGCCAUGUUCACCAGUAACUUCAAGGAAUGCCAUGCCUCGGAGGUCACCCUGCGAGACGUGUGCCCUCAGGUCAUCAGCCGCCUUAUUGACUUUGCCUACACCUCCCGUAUAACAGUGGGCGAGAAGUGCGUUCUUCACGUCCUCUUGACUGCGAUGCGCUAUCAGAUGGAAGAGGUGGCCAAAGCGUGCUGCGAUUUCCUCACCAAGAAUCUGGAGCCAUCAAAUGUCAUAGGCAUCUCGAGAUUUGCAGAGGAGAUCGGCUGCACUGAUCUGCACCUUCGCACACGAGAGUAUAUCAACACUCACUUCAACGAGGUAACCAAAGAGGAAGAGUUCUUCAGUUUGUCCCAUUGCCAGCUGCUGGAGCUGAUCAGUCAGGACAGUCUUAAGGUGCUCUGCGAGUCCGAGGUCUACAAGGCAUGCAUCGACUGGGUUCGCUGGGAUGCGGAAAGCCGAGCGCAGUACUUCCAUGCCCUCCUCAAUGCAGUCCACAUCUAUGCUCUGCCACCCACAUUCCUCAAAAGACAACUGCAGUCCUGUCCCAUCCUCAGCAAGGCCAACUCCUGCAAGGACUUCUUGUCCAAGAUUUUUCAGGACAUGGCUCUUCGAAAACCCCUGCCUCCCCCUCCUCAUCGUGGGACGCAGCUCAUCUACAUAGCAGGAGGUUACAAGCAACACUCUCUGGACUCUCUGGAAGCCUUUGACCCACGGAAGAAUGUCUGGAUAAGGCUAGCUGACAUGGGAUCUCCUUGUAGCGGGCUCGGGGCGUGUGUGUUGUUUGGGCUCCUUUAUACGGUCGGGGGACGCAAUCUCUCUCUGCAGAACAACACAGAGUCUGGAUCUUUGUUCUGCUACAACCCCAUGACUAACCAGUGGACCCAGCUGGCUCCGCUCAACACGCCCAGAAACCGAGUGGGUGUCGGGGUCAUUGACGGCAGCAUUUAUGCCGUAGGGGGUUCACAUGCCUCUACACAUCACAACAGCGUUGAGAGGUAUGACCCAGAGACAAACCGCUGGACAUUUGUGGCCCCUAUGUCAGUGGCGCGGCUGGGGUCCGGUGUCGUUGCGUGCGGGGGAAGUCUGUAUGUGGUUGGAGGAUUCGACGGGGACAACCGAUGGAACACGGUUGAGCGCUAUCAACCAGACACGAACACCUGGCAGCAUGUGGCACCUAUGAACACAGUUCGGAGCGGUCUCGGGGUGGUGUGUAUGGAUAACUACCUCUAUGCAGUUGGUGGCUAUGAUGGUCAAACCCAGCUCAAAACAAUGGAGAGAUAUAACAUCACUCGAGACGUGUGGGAACCCAUGGCCUCUAUGAAUCACUGCCGCAGUGCACAUGGAGUCACGGUCUACCAGUGCAAGAUUUAUGUGUUAGGUGGAUUCAAUCAAGGGGGUUUCUUGUCCAGCGUGGAGUGCUACUGUCCAGGCAAUAAUGCGUGGACGUAUGUAACAGAUAUGCCCGUUGGGCGCAGUGGAAUGGGUGUUGCUGUAACCAUGGAACCCUGUCCUGGAAUCCUGCCAGAGGAAGAGGAGGAUGAGGAGGAGAUGUAAUGUAGAAGUUUGACCUGUGAACUUGUGCCAUUUUGGAGUCAGCACUUGUUGAAUUUCCUUCAAACUUCUUAAUGCAUGUGAUGCCAAUAAGGACAUUUGUGUGUAAUUUAGGUUCAUUUGAAAGGUUCUUUGAUAGAUCUUCCUUCACUACAAAGUGUGUGUGAUUUAAAGAGAAACAUUGCUAAUCACUGAACUAAUGAACCCGAUCACUUUAUAAGGACUAAAUGAAUAUCCUGUGACUGAGACACACACAAUCAUUUUGUUGAACUGUUAAAUACGUAAUUUUGUGAGCUAGUUCUAUAAUACUUUUCAUGCCUGUAAAUGCACUGUUUAAUGUGCACACCUGAUAAAACACUGAAAUCUUAUGAAAGUUUGGGUUUCGUUUCUGACAACUUUAGGAUCUCUGCUGUCAGGAGUGUUUGGGGUAACUUUUUUUUUUUUUUUUUUGAAGCCAGGAUAUAUAAUGCAUUAAAAAAGCUAUUUUAAAAGUGUUGAAAUUAACCUGUAAUGUCUUUAUAAUAAACCUUAU